AUGUUGCUCUCGAGACGCAUAGCUACGAGAUCCGGCGCUGUUUCGCGUCACCUCGCAGCAAGAAUACAGGUUACUGCUUUGCGCGAAACAAGACCACAUCUACAGUCAGGCUUCCAUUCAUCAUCAAAAACAGCAGCAUCCACAGUACUGGUAUCCGAAACAAGGAGUCCGCAAGCGUACGUCUCUCUAUCAACGAAUCCGUGGUUCAACUUGGCAUUCGAAGACCACCUGUUUCGCAGCGUCGACCCCUCGAUACCUAUCUGCUUUCUCUAUCGCAACUCUCCCUGCGUCGUAGUGGGACGUAAUCAGAACCCAUGGAAGGAGCUCAAUGCCACGGCUAUGCGAUCCAUCGGACUCCCCAUGGUGCGACGUCGCUCUGGCGGAGGCACCGUCUAUCACGACCUGGGAAACACCAACUACUCGUUCCACAUUCCACGCGAUGACUUUGACCGGCGAACGCACGCCGAGCUCGUAGCUCGCGCGCUCAACGCUGCACCCGUAGGACUGCAUCUUUCGCGCACCGAUCUAGCUCGAAGUGAUGUGGGAGCCUACGUCAACGGCAGGAACGACAUUUGCAUCCGAGUCAAGCGCGGCUUUGAUCGAAACUCGACGACCAAGACGCAAGCGCAAGCGGACCAGCUCGGGUUUGAAGAGCGCAAAGUAUCAGGGAGCGCAUACAAGUUGGUCAACAAGCGCGCAUACCACCAUGGAACCAUGCUUCUCUCUGCUAGCUUGCGCAGUCUCGGUAGCUCGCUGCGCAACGACCGCGGUGAAUUGCUCGUCACCAAAGGCGUGGCGUCGGUACCUGCGCCCGUGGCCAACUUGACAGAUGCGUUUCCAGAUCGAACUGCCAUGCUCAGCCACGAGAUGUUUGUACAAGCGGUGGUUGCCGAAUUCCACCGCACGUAUCCGGACGGCUGCUCGACCGCUGCUGCGGUACAAGUGGACGAAUCGUGUCUGGACGCGCCGCAACUCAACCAAGGCAGGUGGAAGUUGAAGGAAAACUUUGACGAACUGCAGAGUUGGGAUUGGGUGUUUGGACAGACGCCUGAAUUCACGCAUCGCGUAUCGAUGUACGACGCUUCAGAGCUGGAUUCUUCGCAGAGCCGCGGUUGGGGUCCGUUCUCAGUCGAGAUCCAUUCCAAGGAAGGCGUCGUGUUAGAUGCGAAGCUGGUCGAAGCACGAUUUGACGAUGGAGCGGUGGAAAGGGAGGUGCAAGCAUUGAUCCAGGGUUUGCAAGGGAGAAGGUACGAUGAUCUGGCGCUACCGCCUCCAUGGUUUCCUCAGUCGUCAUCGUCGUCAGCGGCAGCAACUGUUGUCGAUUCAGCUACAGCGAUACGCGCGGAAGAGGAGCCAAACAUCCGCGCCAAACUGUUCCACUGGCUGCGCACCGUGCUGUAG